AUGCUAGUUACUAAUGUGCAUAUCAUAUUUCAAUCAUACGACUUGACUGUUGUAUUUUUUCCUAGUUUGGAUGGAAAUCCAGGUCUCUGUCAAAUAGGUGUUUGCAGAGCCAAAACACAGAAGUCCAUUAUACCAAUUAUUGCAUCCGUGGCAGCUUCUGUAGCAGUUCUUGUAAUACUAGCCUGUAUUGCUGUGAUGUUCUGCAAGCAUAAAAUGAAAAAACAAAGUGACAUGGAAGGUCACCCAGUGAAGUUUUCUCCAUUCAAGAAGGACGGGGAACUGAAAUCGAAAAAUCUUACAUUUAAUCACCUUGAAGUUCUGAGUAUUACCAAUCACUUUGAAACCGUAAUUGGAGAAGGGGGAUUUGGAAAAGUGUAUCUUGGCACCCUUCAAGAUGAUACGCAAGUUGCAAUCAAGUUACUGUCGAAGUCAUCACAACAAGGGUUUAAGGAAUUUCAGUCAGAGGUGGAACUUUUGAUGGUUGUUCAUCAUAGGAACUUGGUUUCUCUUGUUGGCUAUUGUAACGAUGGUGACAUGAAAGCACUAGUUUAUGAAUACAUGCCUGAAGGAAAUCUCCGACAGAAAUUAUCAGAUAAGAACCAGCGUGUUUUGAAAUGGAAUGAUAGACUUCAAAUAGCAUUGGAUGCAGCAUAUGGGUUGGACUAUCUACAUAAUGGUUAUAAGCCAGCAAUAAUCCACAGAGACCUGAAAACUUCUAACAUCUUGCUAAGCAAAAACAUGCAAGCCAAGAUUGCUGACUUUGGAUUGUUCAGAGCUUUUCUCGACGACACCGAUACUAAAGUCUCAACUUGUCCUGCUGGCACACUUGGUUAUCUUGAUCCUGAAUUCCAUAACUCUGGAAACCUAAAUAAGAAAAGUGAUAUUUAUAGUUUUGGGAUAAUUUUACUUGAGCUUAUAACUGGUCGGCCAGCAAUAAUAGGAACAAGCGGCAAUACAAAUCACAUAUCUAAUUGGGUCAGUCCAAGGCUGGAGAGUGGGGAUAUCCAAUCCAUUGUGGAUCCAAGAUUAGAGGGAAAAUUCAAUGCUGCUUCAGCAUGGAAAUUUUUAGAGAUAGGCAUGUCUUACAUUCCACCAAUUUCAAUUCAAAGGCCUGAGAUGGGUCAUGUAGUAGCUGAUUUGAAGGAAUGUCUAGCCUUGGAAACAUCCCUUGAAAGUGCAGAGGGUGACAGUGGAAUUUCUGGCUCUGCAUCAAGGAUCGGUUAUUUUCCACUUGAAUCAAACUCAGCUUCAUGUGCCAGGUGGGACUAUUUGCAAAGGCAGGCAGUCUCUCCGAACCAAUCAUCCUAUCCAACUAGAAAGAUUUGUUUUGUCUUGUCAAGUAAUCCUGUUUCUCGUCUAUAUUUAUAA